CAGAAUCGUGCUUCGGAUCGUGAUCGUCAGGUUAAUUAAAUAAAGACCAGUGGUGUAUAUUAAAUUUGUCUUUCGUAGAAUGAAUUUAGAGCAAAUUUAUAAUUCUUUUCCAGAAAGUGAUCCUAUAACUGGAAAAUGGCCGAUAGUGAACUCAUGUUAUCCAGUAUUAUUUCUUACUGGAGGAUAUUUGUAUUUUAUCUAUAUUGCUGGUCCUCGCUACAUGAAAGAUAGACCGCCAUAUAAACUAAAAAACUUCAUAUUCUUUUACAAUAUAUUUCAAAUUUUAGCAAACGCGUGGUUUGUACAGGAGUUUAUACGUAAUGGUUGGUUCACGAAAUAUGGAAUACGCUGUGUUGCACCAGAUUUCGAUAGUCCCACUGCACAAAAGAUCAUGGCGGUAUCAUGGUGGUUGUAUCAAAUAAAAAUAAUCGAUUAUAUUGAAACCUGUAUAUUCGUGUUAAGGAAGAAAGAAAGUCAGAUCUCUGGUUUACAUGUGUAUCACCAUAUAUCAAUAGUAAUGUUUGGCUGGAUUUUUCUAAAAUACUUUCCGGAUGUAAGAGGGGCAUUUCUUCUAAUAUUAAAUUGUUCCGUACAUGUAAUAAUGUACACGUAUUAUUUCUGUGCUGCAUGCGGUCCGAAGAUUCAACAAAUAGCCGCGCGCAUUAAACCUUACUUAACUACUAUACAGAUGGUACAAUUUAUCGUGGCGUUGCUGUUUCUAGCACAAGGUUUUCUUCCCUCCUGCGAAACACCGAGAGGAAAAAAAAUAUUACCUUAUUUUUACGUCAAUAUAAUAAUAUACUUGGUCUUAUUUUAUAAUUUUUAUAGGAAAAAUUACAUUAAGAAAUCUAAAUAAAAAGUUUGAUUGGAAUGCGAAUUCUGCUUACUUCAGUGAUUGAUAAAGUGAUUUUUUAACACACACAUAUACAUAGACAUACAGAUACACACACGUGUGCAUAUUAAAAAAUGUUGCGUUCUCUAUCUUAUAUUUAUUUGAAUAUAAGUUACAUAGAGCGAAUAAGUAAUAAAAUUGUAUAGUGCAUAGAUAUAAUAUAAUAUAAAUAUAUCUCUUAUGCACACACUCGCAUGGUACCAUAAAUAUUUAUUUUGCAUAUUAUUCUAUACAUCUUUUAUACUUUAUAUAACUGCUUGAUCUUAAUUUAAAUGAUCAGAAAAUCUGUCUUACAAAGAAGUAACGUAUGACACACAUGCCAAAAUCAAUUGUUACUCAUCGUUGCUAAAAAAUUGUUAAAAUGCUAAAAAGUACUUUUCUUACACAUUGACAGCCAUUUUCUAUUAGAUAUUUCUAAUAGAGCCUGUCUUACUACUUCCGGCGUAUGCUCAUGGGUUCAUAUGUUCUAAUUAAUUAUGGAGUAAAUAUUGCGAAAAUUGCAAAACAUAAUUUUUCUGAUUAUUUUGACCCGUUCUAUUUGUACACCGUGACUGCGCCGCGAAUUAUCGGACACUCUGUACGCAUAAUCUUAUUCUACAAAAAUGUAACUCCUUUUUUCAAAUACUUAUGUUAGUAUAAAUUAGUAUACAAUAUAAUAAUCAAGUUUUCUGUACACUAUAAAAAAUGUACUAGGCCUAUAUUUUCA